ACGGAGAUCACAUGUGGUUGUUUUUUUAUGUUGGGAGCAAAAUAUUAUGCAAACAUGUUUGUUUUAUUCACCUGGUCAUGUUAUUAGCGCUGUUCACGCCUUCAUAGAUCAUCCGGAAAAUGACUCAGUGUGUCGCGUUGGUGACAGGAUCCAACAAGGGCAUUGGUUUUGCUAUUGUGCGUGCUCUGUGCAAACAGCUGGACAAUGGAAUAGUCUACCUGACUGCCAGGAAUGAGGAGAGAGGACGAGAGGCUGUGGCCAGACUCAGUCAGGAGGGACUCCAGCCUAAGUUUCACCAGUUGGACGUGACUGAUGGAGCCAGCGUGAGGAAGCUGCAGGGUUACCUUAAGGAGACACACGGGGGAUUGGACAUACUGGUCAACAAUGCAGGAAUUGCCUUCAAGACAGAUACAACUGAGCCAUUUGCUGUUCAGGCAUCAGUUACCGUAGCAACCAAUUUUACCGCACUAUUGGAUGUCAGCAGGGCACUUAUUCCACUUGUUCGUUCCCAUGGCAGAAUUGUCAAUAUGGUCAGCAGGGCAGCGGAGUGGGCAUACAACAAACUAAGCCCGGAGAUCCAAGGUCGUUUCAAAGCAGUCAAGUCAGAGCAAGAUGUCGAGCAGCUCAUGAGAGAAUUUGUGGAGUGUGCCAAUGCGGGUGAUCCUUUAACUAAAGGUUGGCCCGACUCUGCCUAUGGAACAUCCAAGUUUGGGGUCAUCGCACUAACCAGGGUCCAAGCUGCUGACAUAGCUAAAGAAAAGACAAAAGAAGAUGUUCUCCUGACUUGUUGCACCCCAGGCUAUGUUGGUACAGAUAUGACAAGUUACAAGGGACCUUUGACGAUAGACGAAGGAGCAGUCACACCCGUCUACUUGGCCUUGUUGCCACCAAGCUCUGAGGAACUCAACGGCAAGAUGUUCGGCGAUGAGAAGUUGUAUGAUGAGUUCUGGUAAAGUGUGGGAGCCAGACAGACUGUUGUAGUUGAGGAAAUCUAAAUGGAUGUCAAAAACGAUUUCUCAAAAAUGGCAACCCCCCUAACCCCUCCUGGGUAUUUUGGCUAGAAACCCUGCUAAACGCAACAUGUAACACUUCUGAAAAUGACAAGCCAGCCCAGUUUAGCAAGAUCCAGCAGGUGAAAAGUCUCAAGGCCAAAAUGUCUCAUCAGAGUCUGUGGUCACCGAAUGCAGCAGGAUACAACUUUAGCAUUGUUCAAUGGGAUUAGCUCUCAUUGUUUCAGAAGUGGCCGUUUAGGCACUUGUGUUGAUAGCUGAAUGCAUCAAAGUGCACCAGACUUUACACCUUAUGCACUGUGUUGCUAAUGGCAGGGUUAAAAAACUGUUGCGAAGUAUCUUUAGGGACACGAAAAAAACACCUAAUCAAUAAAUUUUUGCAAAGUGUCUGCCUUAGGGACACAAAGGUAAACAUUCUCUUUAUUCCUGUUAGUUUUCUUGACAAAGCAGUGUCUAAGGUUUGGGUAUUAACUUUUCAAGGAUAUGGAAAUAUAUAAUUGGUAUGAACCGUCUAUAAAUAUUUUUUUAGCAGAAAAUAUUUUUUUUUAUCAGAAUGAUGUAACAACAGAUUAUAAUCUGAAACAGUGUUUUUACAUUGUUUAAGUGUGCAUCUUUAGUGGUGUGUUGGAUGACCCAAAAAUUGGGAAAAUUAAGGAAUUGUGUGAAAGGAAAAAGCUGUGAUCAAAUUUUUAGCGAUUUUUUUCAACUGUGAUCACGCCCAGGUAAAGAUCAGGAAAGAGUGUUUCAUAAGGAGAAUUCUUGUACAAUGACCCGGGAAUUUACAAUCAUGCUCAGGAACUAUAUAGAAAAUAUUCUUCUGUCGUUAGAAUGUAUGAGAUCGAAGAACUCAUUAUGCUAUCUAACCAGUUUUAAUUAUAAAUUUACUGUCUUAUUACGAUAGAUACAUGAACAAAGUAUAAAAAGCAGCAUUUGCUUUUAAAGCAAAAUGGAACUAAAAA